AUGGAUGUCAAGAGCCUGUAUACGGUCAUCCCUCAUAUUGGAGGUAUUGAGGCGAUGCGACAGGUAUUAUGUGAGUCUCCGAUGUACCAUGGCCCACCGAUAGAAUUUAUUUUGGAGCUUCUGUCGUUGAUCCUUCAUAACAAUCAUUUUAGAUUUGAGGAUCGGUGGUACUUGCAGGUGGCGGGAACAUCCAUGGGGUCAGCCAUGGCCCCUAUGUAUGCCAAUACGUACAUGUAUGCGUAUGAAACACAGCAUAUAUUGACCACAUAUAAGGAUAACAUUAUUGGGUACUACCGUUACAUAGACGAUCUGUUGAUCAUCUGGCGAGGCUCACAAACGGAGGCAUAUACGAUGGUGGAGGAGUUAAAUUUGCUGCCAACACCUAUCAAAUUUACAGCCAAUAUCAGUGAGGAAAGUGUCCAAUAUCUGGACUUAGAACUUUCUUAUGGAGAUAAUAGAGUCCAAUACACUUUAUUUUCGAAACAGACUGAUCGGAAUACUCUUUUACACGCUAGGAGUGCACAUCCUAUUUCGCUGAAAAAAUCCAUUCCUAAAGCACAGUUCCAGAGAGUCAUUCGCAAUAAUUCUGAUACAAACAAGGCUGAGUCACAAUUGAAAAUCAUGACCCAGAAGUUUUUGAACAGAGGUUAG